AUUAAAGUAAGCUCUUAGCAUCUCGUUUUGACGUUGUUUUGAUAUUUGCAGCAACGUGAAAUAAAUAAAAAAAAUAAUGAUAAAUACAUAAUUCAAGAACUUAAAAACUACAAAAAUAAAAACAAUGACUGACAUUGAUAAAAUAAUAUUAAGUUAUCACGAUUGUCUACUACGUAAAUCGGAUGUCGAUCUUUUAAUCGAACCAAAUUGGAUAAAUGAUGCAUUAAUUGGAUUUUAUUUGGAAUAUUUGGGUAAAACAUUGAAAUUACCAAAUUUUGCAAAAAUUCUUUAUUCAAGUCCUGAAUUAACGCAAUUAUUAAAAAUGACUGAUUCAUCAGAAGUGUCAUUUUUUCUUGAUCCAUUAAAUGCAUUGCAAAAAAAUUUUAUAUUCUUUCCAUUAAAUAAUUGUGAAAGAAGAAAUUCAUCUGGUGGUUCACAUUGGAGUUUAUUGGUAUAUUCAAAAAUUGAAUGUUCAUAUUUUCAUUUUGAUUCAUUAUCUAAAUCAAAUGAAAUAAUUGCACGUAAUUUUAUAAGAAAUCUUGAUAAAUAUUUAAUAAUUGGUGAUAAAAAUGGAACAUUCAUUGAAGUUAAUUCACCACAACAAGAAAAUUGUUAUGAUUGUGGAAUUUAUGUGAUGUGUAUUACUGAUAUUCUCACGGAAUAUGUAACAAAACAUUCAAAAGUUAAAGGUUGUGAUUUAGAGAAUGUUAAAAGACUUGUCUCUGAAAAACGAAAUAAUUUAACGGAAUUAAUAAAUAGUCUCAAGACAUAAUUUGCAAAAAAAAAAAUUAUGAUUUAAUAUUAAGAGAAGAACUUCUGUAUUUCUUCCGCUUGAACACUUCUUUUUUUUUUUUUUUUUUUUUUAAUAGUAAGUUGACAAAUUUUUUUUAAAUAAAAAUUCAUACUUUUUAAAAA